UGACGCGCGGCGCUGUGCGAGGCGAGUCGUGUCCACUAUCCGUUGCGACGUUCGGCAGUAGCCACUAGCCCGCGAGCUGGUUUCGCUUGUAGCGUGUGCCGUGCAUUCGUGCAGCUGUGGAAGUGCAACCUGUGAGCAUUGCUCGGAGCCUGCGGGUGCGGCGUGGCGGCGAGCGCAGCCUCCCUGCGGGGGCACUGACCCGCGACAUCUCGGUGCGAGGCGCUCGCAACGCGCCACUCGCCACUAACGGUCCCGCCGCAGGUCGCAUCGCGGAUUGAACACUCCUCGCCACCAUACUCUCAUCUUGAACAUCGCCGAGGGAUUAGUCCUAUUGCGUGCUAAAAUACCUACUAUUAGAAAGGGCCGCGGCAGCGCGGGCGCGGGCGGCAUGGAGUGCGGCGUGUUCCCGGCGCGCGCGGCCGCCGCGCACGCCGCGCGCUCGCCCACGGAGCGCUCGCCGGCCAAGGCGGGCCUGCACGUCAACUUCAGCGACAAGGGCGAGGUGAAGGAGCGGCGCGAGAAGUUCCUGACGGCCAAGUACGGCAGCCACCAGAUGGCGCUAAUCCGCAAGCGCCUGGCCGUCGAGAUGUGGCUCUACGACGAGCUGCAGAAGCUGUACGAGACGCCCGGCGCGGCGGGGGGCGGCGCGGGGGGCGCCGGCGGGGAGGUGGAGGUGGACAUCGACGAGCUGCUGGACAUGGACAGCGACGAGCUCCGGCGGCGCCACCUCGUGACGUUAUUAGCAGAUGCCAAGAAGCCCCAAAAAGAUGUACAUAAAUUUAUCAACGAUUUAUUAGAAAAAGCUAAAACCCUCUAAGUAAGUAAUCGUACACGGAACCAAAUCUCAUCGGACUCCGGGAGGCGGAGCCACGCGCGAGCCGCGAGCGCUUGCGUUUAGUUAGAUGGGGCGAUUGGCGCCGCGCGGUUUGCGUUUGAGGGAGCAUGCGUGUGCACCCGCGAGCGAACCGCAGCCGCAGCGCCGGCGCGGGCCGCCGCUAGUCGCAUUAGUU